AUGCCAAGGCUUAAGCCCUUUGGAAAAAGCACUCGUAAGAAAAUUCAUGCAUGUAGACGUAACGCCUUAAAGGGAAUACGGAGAAAUAAUGAAAGUAGCCGUGAUACGAGUAUCGCGAUUGAUAUGACCAAAGCGAGUCGGGAAAGCUAUGACCGAAUGACUUGCAAUUUGGGUAUGGCUAACAAUAAAGAAAUGGAGUUACACAGUGGCAUACCUCGGCAGAGCAAAAUACCAGAAGAUAGUUUCGUUAAACAAGAAAUGGGCAUUUUGAAAGUUAACGAAGAUAUCCAGAUAAAAACUGAAGUAGAUUAUAACGAACAACACUUGACAGUUGAUAAUCCAUUCCAAAAUAUACAGCUUCAGGUUAAAAGCGAGUAUACACAAUCCUCAGUUGUUAAUAAACAAAUUGGAUAUGAAAUCAAUAAGGAAAAACACGAAUUAUUGAUAGAAAAGUCAAAGAUUGAAGGCGAAAAUUACGCAAGGCAACAUUGCUUUGCAACUGGAGAUAGUGAAUUUAAACUUCUUGUUGAUACUAAAGAGACUAUAACCAACAUAUAUGAUGACAAUAUAGAAAUCAAACAGGAAGAGGACAUAGAAGAAAAUCCAUAUGAGUACUCUAAUUAUCAUGACAAUCAAACCGAGGGCAGCAAUGAGGCAAAAGCAUUGAAUAAUAUUGAAACAUGUCUUCAGGAAGAGUUCGAAAUAAAGUGUGAAAGUGAGUUGUUUGAGGCCAAUGAACACGAGGAACUGAAUACAGUGGCGGUUAAGGAAGAAUUCGAUCCGACCGUAACCGAAACCCACUUGAUCUCGAACAAGGUUAUCAACACUACGUCCACGGUGACCAAUCCGCAGGAUGGGCUGACCAAGUCGCAAACCACCAAAACUUUAGUGAUGGAGAUACUGCCAAUGCCAGGCAGCGCGGCGUUCACUAAGAAUGACAACCCCGAGGAAAUACUGCCAACUACGUAUGCGAGCGACGAUUGCGUUGCGAUGGACUACGACAAUGCUUACCAUUUGAACUCUAUAACUGGCAACGUUAUGUCGCUAGAGCAGGAGGCGUACGGCCUACUGCAGCCCAAGACGAAAACGGAGCAUCCCGACCGGCCGUACACUUGCAAAAAGUGCCCGAAGGCCUACAAGUCCGCCGCCUGCCUGAGGAAGCACAAGCAAGUGCAUGAGAUCAUAGAGAAGCGCGCGAUGGGAAUCAUAAAGGGACGGAAGACACGGAUAGCCAAUAUGAAGAAGAAGCUGAAGCAGGAGGAGAAGAAGUGCAAGACCCGCGUUAAGAAAGAGAUUAAAGUGGAGAACGUCAGCUCUAUAGUCGAGAGGGUUAAGAAGGAGGGCUACGAAUGCACUUGUGGCAAAGUAUUCCGGCGCAGGAGUCGGAUGGAGACUUGCCUGCGAUCCCACAACAUAUGCUCCGACCCAAAUUCCUACAUCCCCUGUGUGACGUGCUCCAAGCAAUUCAAGGACAAAGAAGAGCUGUCGCUCCACCGCAAGAGGCUGCACAGGAAACGGUUCCCUUGCAAGUUCUGCCCCACCGACUACAACACACGCAAGGAGCUGUUCAAGCAUCUGCAAAUCCAUCAAAAGGUCCAAGUGAUGGAGUACAAAGUUUUGUCCGAGGUCGUCAAGGGUAAACAGAAGCUGAAGUGCUUCAUGUGCUCGAAGACCUGCACGGAACUCUCCGAGCUGAAAUCGCACGUUAUGGACGAUCACAAGGAGCCCUACGUCUGUCCGCACUGCAACGGCACCUUCGCGAAGAUCAUCGACUUCGGCAACCACACGAAGACCGACCACCCGGAGGUGGAGGGCCAGUCGGUGCUGGACGUCCUGGAGGCCUUCUCGAAGCUGGUGAAGGCGUGGAAGUGCGAGGAGUGCGAGGUGCAGUUCCACGAGGCGGACAAGCUGGCGAUGCACCAGAUCGAGAGGCACGGGCCCGACUCGAGGGCCGAGCCGCAGUUCCAGUGCAUCGACUGCCGGCGGGUGUUCAUUAGCCAGAAGGGGCUGACGUCGCACAGGCGGGUGCACCACAGUGCCGACGCCGGCGAAGAGGCCGUCGCGGAAGGGAGCGGCGUGAUGUGCAUCGAGUGCCGGAAGGUGUGCAGGGAUGGAGCCGCGCUGACGUCACACAUGCGCCUCCACUCGGCGGAGAGGCGGUACCCGUGCAAGUUCUGCGACUUCCGAUUCGCCACACCGGAGAAGAGGAGGGCGCACGCGGAGCUGCACACGGGCGACAUGAAGUACGUGUGCUUCAUAUGCGAGUACCAGUGCAGCUCGGAGAACCGGCUGAAGCGGCACAAGGCGUCGCCCAAGCAUAUCAGCAUGAAGGCGUACCUCAGGACCGGGAAGCCGAGUCCGGAGUCGACUUCCAGGCGGUCGGCCAGCGAUUCGCCCGCGGGCGACGAAUGGGUCGUGGUUAAGGAUGAGGGGGGGGCGGAGGCGGAUGCUGAGGUCGACAGCGGCGACGACUCCUCGUCCAAUAACGACGGGGAGGCGGCGUGCAACAUUUGCGGCGAAAGGUUCGAGAGCGAGGCGAAAAUGCUCAAGCACCAAAGCACACACCCGUUCAUCGAGAUAGCGACCGGCGACAAGCCCACUAGGAUAUUUUAUAAG